AUGACUCCCGCGGACAUCACAACACAGCCGCAUGGCGCCGACGGCUCAAUGGCGUCGGAGGAUUCCGCGCCUUCCUCUCCGGCAUCCGACCUGCAAACGGGAGGCACUGAAAGGCCCCCAUGGCUAGAUCUCCUGAGGGCCUUGCCUACAAAAGAAGACCUCCGCUCUGCCACCUCUGAGCUGGGAGCCAUGAUCCGGCAGCACAUCCAGGCACUGAGAGCAGAUAUGCAGGGCCUGUCUGACCGUGUCAGCCACGUGGAGGCUGCCUGUGACAGCCUGAGAGUAGCCCAGACUUCGCUAGCAGAAGCUGCAGACACCUGCUCUGAACAGGUACGUGGCAUGGCCCUACACAUAAAGGAUUUAGACAACAGGGGGCGCCGCAAUAACAUUAGGCUGCGCGGCCUCCCUGAAACCAAAGACUCUCCUCUCCAGCUGCGGGAAAACCUCAUGGAAAUUUUUAAUGGGCUGCUGGGCCGUUAUCUCCAGGCACCAAUAGACUUUGUGAGAGCGCAAAGAGCCCUCCGUCCAAAGGGCACACCAGAUAGCCCACCCAUGGAUGUUAUUUGCUGCUUGGCGAACUUUGCCUUAAAGGAGACCAUCCUUUAA